UUUUAAUAUGCUCCUCUCUCCAUGCCUUUGCAGAAGUGCUCCAGCACUUCCCAUGAGGGUCGGAUGAACGAGCCCCAGAUGGUGGGCCCCGCCCACAUGCGUCCAUCCUUCGAGCCCCCGACCACCAUAGCCACCGUGCCGCCCUACAUCGGGCCAGACACCCCCGCGCUGCGCACGCUCAGCGAGUACGCCCGGCCGCACGUCAUGUCGCCCACGAACCGCAACCACCCCUUCUUCGUGUCUCUGAACCCCGCCGACCCGCUGCUGGCGUACCACAUGCCGGGCCUGUACAGCGCCGAACCGGCCCUCCGUGAGCGGGAACUGAGGGAGCGCGAGAUGCGCGAGAGGGAGAUCCGCGAGCGGGAGCUGCGGGAGCGCAUGAAGCCUGGCUUUGAGGUCAAGCCGCCUGAACUGGACGGCCUGCACCCCGGCGCCAACCCCAUGGAGCACUUUGCGCGGCACGGUGCGCUGACACUGCCGCCCAUGGCUGGCCCCCACCCUUUCGCCUCCUUCCACCCGGGCCUCAAUCCCCUGGAGCGGGAACGGCUGGCGCUGGCCGGACCCCAGCUGCGGCCCGAGAUGAGCUACCCGGAGCGGCUGGCAGCCGAGCGACUUCACGCCGAGCGCAUGGCCUCCGUCGCUAAUGACCCCAUCGCCCGCCUACAGAUGUUCAACGUGACGCCGCACCACCACCAGCACUCGCACAUCCACUCGCACCUGCACCUGCACCAGCAGGACCCGCUGCACCAAGGUGGUGGUGAAUGUCUUGUGUGUCCCCCAGGUUCUGGGGCCCAUCCGCUAGUUGACCCCCUGGCAGCUGGACCCCACCUGGCCCGGUUCCCCUACCCACCUGGCACCAUCCCCAACCCCCUGCUGGGCCAGCUUCCCCAUGAACACGAGAUGCUGCGUCAUCCCGUCUUUGGUAACCCGUAUGCACGAGACCUCCCUGGAGCGUUGCCCCCACCCAUGUCAGCUGCGCAUCAGCUGCAGGCUAUGCAUGCGCAGUCAGCUGAGCUGCAGCGGCUGGCCAUGGAACAGCAGUGGCUGCAUGGGCACCACCACAUGCACGGGGGUCCACUGCCGGGCCAGGAAGACUACUACAGCCGCCUGAAGAAAGAAAGUGACAAGCAGCUCUAACUUCCUGUCGAGUUGAGGCCUCAGAGAAACAGAAACGUGGGACACUGACUCAGUGCGGAGCUGUGGAGCCUCUUUCCAUUCACACAACAUCCAGUCUGACUUAGAAGGAAGCAUACAGGAAAGGACUUGAUGAAGAUGUUUUUUUUUCUUUGUGUUUUUUUAAACAUUAAUUUGAUGUAUACUUUUUGAGUAUAGACAUCUUCAAGACUUUAUGACUUCAUUGCAUGAAAUACUCCAACAUUCCUACGGUCUUUGUAGGCGCUAAAAAAAGAAAACAAAACAGCCGUACUGGUCACCUUGUCACUGUGCUUAACGUAAACAGAGCGGUUAAGCCAUUACAUCCGAAUCUUUGAAAGUGCUUUCUGAAAUUCAGAUUAUUUUAUUACAUAGGAUAGUUCUCUCCCAUCAACAAAGGUAAAAAUGUUAAGCAUGGCUUUUUUGGCUCUGUAAAUAAUAUAUAUUAUUAGGUGUGAACUUCUAACAAAGAUGUUAAGCCUCCAAUAUUGUAAUUAUCAAGCAUUAUCCCUUUGUCUCAAAGGGGAGCACGAUGGCAUUAUCUGAGCAGGAAACGGGCAAAUAGCAUUAAAAAUACAGAGUGGUUGUAGCUCAUCAGCACAACUCAAGAUGGGGGGUGUCUUCUGUCAUCUUUCAGAACCGAGACAUUUUGGAGACUUUAAUUUCAUCUGCUUGGCUGUAAAGAUUUAUUACAGUGUCAGUCUGACUUAGUGUUUCACGAUGUCUAAAGAGGAGAGAUCCUGUGAGUCAAUGAGUCGUCCAGGGAGCCAUAUGCACUGAAUAUACUACAUAUAUAUCACCAUGGCUUUGGUUUAAUCAAACAUGCACUUUUAACAUAUUGGUUAUAUUGCUUCAUGGGAUUAAAAAAAAAAAACCAUUUCUUGCAUUGAUAUUUAUUGAAUGGGACAGGUGACAUUUAUUUAAAUAAAUUGCAGUGCUGAUGGUGCCAGAUACCGGUCCUGCUUGAUCUUUCCUCAGCAGAACACUGUGGACAUAAUGGAAGUCAACACUUUAACAGACGUCAUCGGCAUACUUGCUUUUAAGUCACAGAAAUUUGUGUGAAUGAAGCUUAAUCUUGUAAUUAUUUCACUUCCUAUCCUCUCGGUUUUCCUGACUGACAUAAUAGGGCUUUAAAAAAAAGAUCUUGAAAUGAAAUAACAUUUCUGGUACCAUUUUCACUGUGAUGCGAGGCAUGCACCCGACGGACACGGUCGGCUGCACGGGAGGUUGUGUUGAAGGAGCGGAUCCGGAACCCGGGACAAAACUGAACUCAGUAGUUUCUCUCGAUGUGGUUUAAUUGCUUCUUCCUGGUGUGUCUUCUGUAGAGUUGAGGGCAGUCAAUAUGCCACUGCAGACUGUUAUGCUAGUUAAUAUAAUACAUAUUCAGACUUGUGUGUCAGUCUUCUUACUUUUAAUGAACAUCAGAGAUGUGCUUGAAAUAACAUUGAGUUUAUUAUGAAAAAUGCAUUUCAGAUCCAGUUCGCUAAUAUUAAAUAUCCCAUCGAAAUAAGUGGAAAACCAGUUGGAUUACUUCCUGCGGUUUCAGUUUGCCUGUCUCUGUCUUGAUACCAUGUUCUCCCCAAACCCCCAUGAUUUUUUAAAACCUUUUUUGCCUUUGUGUAUCAAGCCUAUAAUGUUGAGUGUUGUCAUUUAGCUUCUUGUUUCAGAGUGGCAGUAACAGAAUGUAAAUUCAGACUGCUAAAAAUUUAUAUAUAUACCGGUAUCUUGAAGCUUAUUGUAUAUAUUAGUAGUUCACCAUGGGAUAACACAAUGUAAACAAAAGGUAGAAUAAAAAAAUUUGUGAGUCCUGUGAUUUCUCCAUUUAAGUAUUUUGUAAUUUUUUUGAAAAAAUUGUGGAAUUGAAAUAAACCUAAGUUACACCACA